UGAAUACAGCCCUCAAAUUCCACACGUUAACGACACAUGUAGAACUUUAAUUAGAAAAACAUCCAACAGUGACAGCUGUCAAGUUUGACAUUUCGCUUUUUGUCAAAUUUCGGUCGUGUGUUGUGUAACUUGAAACAACAUUUAAAAAUGUCUGCACCACCAGUUCGUAAUGGAAUCACUGGCCUUAUCAAACGCGGUUGGGUUGAACUACCCGACAUUGUUUUUGGUUCCGUCUUAGCUAUCAUUGGACUUGGUCUUUCUGGAAUUGGUCUUGCAAAUUACUACCGCAACGAUGGAGAUAACCGCAAAUACAAAAUUGGAUGGGUUAUUAUGAGGCCCGAUGAUCCAAGGGCUGCCAAAGUACACAAAGAUUAACCUUCUGUAGAAAAAAUGUUAUUAAAUUUAUUGUAAAAAAAUUAA